GCUAUGUUGGCCCACGCCCCUUACCGAACAUGGCCGUUACACGUCAAGCUAUUUCAUGAGGACGGCUUGAAGGCAUGGAGAGCCUCCGAAAUUUACUUUCAGGGGGAACCCCCGCUGCCAACAAUGUGCAGGAUUGAACUCGAGCUCGAGGGUGUGGAUGGCAAGGCUGGAGGGGGCACCGGCCGAGCCGGUGGAAUAGAGGUCAACGACGAGGCAUUUGCCGGAGCACAUGUCAGAAAGCUACGGCGGAUACUUGGUACCUCCAAACUGCACACUUGCAGCAUUUGUGAGCAGGCGCUCUUGCCCAGUCUCCCAGCCCUGACAACCGCGUUGUGCCCUCUUGGAUCAUGCUCCGCAACAUCACACAUCUCAUGCCUCGCUGGAGACUUCCUUAAACAAAAGCCAACUGAUACUAUGAUGCCUCGAACGGGCACGUGCAAGCUCUGCGGACACACACUGUUGUGGGGAGACAUCGUCCGAGGAUGCUAUCGUCGACAAAAAGGCGGUUUACCGACGACCGCAGAAGACAACGAAGAACAGGAAGAGGAUGAGGACGAGGAUGAUGAAGACGAGGAUGGCUUAGAUGUGCAAGAGGGACCUUUGGCGCUAGCAAAGUCAAUCAUUCAAAGCCCUGCCCGAUCUCUUCCUACACGAAAAGGACCGCCUGCGUUCUCGGUCUCGAAACCAGGCUUAUCUGCGAUGCACGCUUCGAAACCCAGGGGUUCCAAGAACGAGCACAAUAGACACAUACCUUCUCCGAAGAACGCGCGAGAAAUGUAUCUAGAUAUUGACGACAUAUCUAGUCUAUCUGCUUCAGAAUCCGCCCCGAAAACUGCGAGAGUCUCAGCAAAGCGCCGAGCCUCAUUGCACAAGGUCUCGACGGCCAAUGGUCGACGGCGACUGUCUAUCCCGCCCAGGUCCCUAUCACUUUCUAAGCCUCAGGCUUCGAUAGCUGCAAAGACGAGACCUAAUCGGCCAAAACCUGCUCCUAAACGGCCAGCUACGCAAGUGAGUCAUGCCUCAGGAGAAGAAUUCGAUUUGGACAAUAUCUCGUCCUGCUCCGACGACUGAAUGAUCCAAGAGUUUCAAGAGUUUCAAGAAGCACGUGGAGCGAUCUGACCCACAGGCCCAGUGCUGUUAUAGAGUACUGUAGGUUGUUUGCCAUUUGAGACCAGGACGAUCCUACAAUCGGAGUUGUGAAGGAGAGCUUGUGUUCGUGUAUCUUCGCGGCUAGGGUUACUAACCGUUGUUUCCAAAGCUUCACGCGAACACUCUCCAUCGAUUCAUCCAGUAGCACUCCUGAAUCCAGUUCCUUGUUUUCUGUCCUGCCACCUCAAGCGCAGUGCCGUCCAGCUCGGUUGCUACCCUGGUUGAGUGAAUGUACUCCAAUACUGCGCUAAAAGUCGACCAGCAUAAGGGGUUCCAUCACCAGCAGGUAUCCGAGCAGUACUAUGGGCAUGGCCUUGAUGUAUGAUCAGCAGUUGUGUUGCUUUUGCGAUACCUCUGC